AAUACACAGACCCCACCACAGGAGUUAUUUAUUCCAGGGCUGUAUCUGAGUACAAAGGGUGGGGGGUGUUCAUUCAAGGCUGAAACUUUGUAACCCUUGCUUUGCCUCAGCAGCCCAUGUCUCCUGCCCCCUGCCGCACGCACCGCCUCAUCCCCUUCCCCAAAGCCAAGAGAGGGCAGGUGCGCGCCUUCACCGGCAAGGCCAACAAGAGCAGGAGCUUGAAGAACUGGUGGUGGGGGGUGGGGGUGGUAUGGUCACAUAAGGGGAAGGGUUGGGGUGGGGGCGGGGCGGUGCCAGGGACCAAUGGAAUGUGAUGUUUCAAAAAAAAAGAAAAAAGCAGGGCUCGCGGGGAGAAUGAAAGGGCGAGGGCGUUUGCGCUGCGGUAGCGCUGGCCGGCCCUGGGCCAAGGUCAAGGUCGCACGUAGCUGUUGUGAAGGGCAUCACUCCUGGCCCCCCUGGGGAGAAUCUGGACUUGGCUGUAGACCACGGCUUCAUGGUCACACAACUAAGAGGCGAGAGGAAUAGAAGAUAAGCCCCUCAGUAUUUGUUGAGUACAGUCAACUACAAAGAUACAUGUGCUUAGUAGGUAAAACUCACCAGAAGUCUCUCCUGAUGUUCAGAUCAUAGCAGACUCCUCGACAGAAGCAACGAGAGGGUGGUUACUGAGCUUGUGACUCUAACUUUUAAGCAAGGCAUAAAAGAAGUUGCCCAUAGGAAUAUCCAGGAGAUCUGAUGGAUUUGGGGAGCAACAGGAGUCUGGAGAAUGCGGGGAACAGAACCUGUCAUGAUCAGCUGGCUCCAAAGAUGAACAUAAGCAAGAAAAUUGUGACGCUGGCCAGCCCCCUCCAUGCUCUGGACAUGCCCCAGGAAAUGAAGAAAAUCUGCCCCUUCGAGAAGCAGGGGGAGAUGGGGAAUGAGAGGGUCAAGAUGACAAAGACCUUGAAAGAAAAGCAGAGCAGCGAGCUGGACAGAGCCGGGCUCAAGAGGAGGAUGGAGAGUGAGGAAAAGCCUCUCCCACUGAAGAGAGAGGCCCGGGUCGCCGAGCUGGAGAGCCAGCUGAUGACUUUGCCUCUGCCUCACAUCCCUCUGAAGAACAUAAUGGAUGUGGAGAUGAAGCUGGUCUACAUCGACGAGGAAGACGUCACCUACGAGUUUGUGGAGUCACUGGUGUCCACCGGCUCCACGGCCACCUGUCAGGCGGCCGAGAUAGUGGACUCUCUGAACGCGCCUCAUUUCAGCUUUCUGCCCCAGAUUGACAAGUGGCUCCAGGUCGCCCUAAAGGAUGCCAGCACCUGCUACAGGCAGAAGAAAUACGCCGUUGCAGCCGGGCAGUUCAGAACAGCCCUUGAGCUUUGCAGUAAAGGAGCAGCUCUGGGAAAACCUUUUGAAGCAUCUGCUGAAGAUAUUUCAAGUGUUGCUAGUUUUAUUGAGACAAAGCUUGUCACCUGUUAUCUACGGAUGAGGAAACCCGACCUUGCCUUGAAUCAUGCUCACAGACAUUUUACUGCUAUUGCUUUUAUUCAUUCCUUGGUAUGCUUUGUUCUCACCAAUCAAUACAUCAUCCUCAGGAGCAUUGUUUUAAAUCCAGCCUAUUUCCGGAAUCAUCUUCGUCAGGCAACAGUGUUUAGAUGUCUGGAGAGAUAUUCGGAAGCGGCCCGGAGUGCCAUGAUCGCUGAUUAUAUGUACUGGUUAUCAGGAGGAAGCGAGCAGUAUGUCAGCAAACUCAUCAAGUUGUACUGGCAGGCAAUGAUCGAAGAAGCCCUCACCAGAGCAGAAUCCUUCUCAGCCAUGUACACGCCAUUUGCGACAAAAGUAAGGGCUGACAAAAUUGAGAAAGUGAAAGAGGUUUUCACGAAAAUGCACCCUGCAUACGUGGAGUAUAUGUACACAGACCUUCAAGGACUUCAUGUAUUGCCUCAGACAGUUGACUGGUCAUCAUUCCCUCCCCAACAAUAUUUACUGACACUUGGGUUCAAAAACAAAGAAGAUGGAAAAUUUUUGGAAAAAAUGUCAAGUAGGAAGCUGCCCACAUUUACAGAGCACAAAGCCCCCUUCAGCCCGCUGACCAGGGAAGAUGCCGCGAGACACAUGGAGACUAUGGCGAAGAGGAUCCUGCCAAUAUUGGAUGUCAUCCGAAGCACUAAAUUAAAUGCGAGUUUCCGGGCGUGCUCUGGCGUGAUUGAGAAGUUGCAGUAUGCCAGCCUCCUCAACCUACUGCAGAGAGUCAAGGAGCAGUCCCAAGUGAUUAACCAAGCAAUGGCUGACCUGGCCACCAUCCCCUAUCUCCAAGACAUCAGUCAGCAGGAUGCUGAGUUGCUGCAAUCGCUAAUGUCAGAUGCUAUGGACACCCUUGAAGGAAGAAGAAAUGAUAAAGAGCGGGUGUGGAAUAAAAUACAGAAGGUUGGGCUAAUUGAAGACUUUCUAUACCAAUUAGAGGAUAGUUUCUUAAAAACCAAAAAACUGAGAACAGCCAGGAGGCAGAAAAUGAAAAUGAAGCGGCUUCAGAGUGUACAGCAGUGCUAGUCACUGGAGACACAGAGCCCCCUCCUUCCCCCCACCCCAACCCACCAACCACGACAUCCCCAAGGAAGAGGUGCAGACAUCCAGGCAGUUGGGGUUUGACAGCUGGGACGACAAAGGCCUUCCUUUCGAUGAAUGAGGUGGCUCUUCCCUCUGGCUCAUCUUGAGCAAGGAGAUUCCACACUUCAUUAGUCUCAGCUGGCAGAAAUAAAUGUUCUCAGAAAGUUUG